ACAUCUUUCUUUUUCCUUUACGCGUUUAUCCGCCAUCCUUCGCGUUUCGUUCGCGGAGUGACGAUUUUUAUAUUCCAUUUAAUAUAAAGGAAUCCUUAGGUUCCUUGUUAUAAAAAAUGGUUCAAAAGAAGCCGAGAAAGAAGACCGGAAAGAAGGUAGCUGCCGCUCCUUUGGCAGUGAAGAAAGUCGAACCCAAGAAGGUAACGAACCCUCUUUUCGAAAAGAGAACCCGCAACUUUGGUAUCGGUCAAGAUAUCCAGCCAUCCCGUGACUUAAGUCGUUUCGUUAAAUGGCCCAAGUACAUCAGGAUCCAGCGUCAAAGAGCUGUGCUCUACAAAAGAUUGAAAGUUCCACCACCAAUCAAUCAGUUUACUCAAACUCUUGAUAAACAAACCGCCAGCCAGAUGUUCAAAAUCUUGGAAAAAUACAGACCAGAAUCAGCAGAAGCCAAGAAGAAGAGAUUGAAGGCACGUGCUGAGGAAAAAGUCGCCAAGAAAGAAGACACUCCAACCAAACGACCCAACAUGUUGAGAAGUGGUAGCAACGCUGUUACAACUUUGGUUGAACAAAAGAAAGCUCAACUUGUUGUCAUUGCUCAUGAUGUUGAUCCCAUUGAGAUUGUCUUGUUCUUGCCUGCUCUUUGCCGUAAAAUGGGAGUACCAUACUGCAUUGUAAAAGGCAAAGCACGAUUGGGACGUCUCGUUAGACGCAAGACGUGUACUGCUGUUGCUCUUACACAGGUCGACUCUGCUGAUAGAGCCAACUUCGCCAAGGUUGUCGAAGCAAUCAAGACAAACUUCAACGACCGUUACGAUGAGAUCAGACGUCACUGGGGUGGUGGUCUUCUUGGUAGCAAAUCAGCUGCCAGAAUCGCUAAAUUAGAGAAGGCUAAGGCUAAAGAACUCGCACAGAAACAAGUUUAAAAAUUUAAAAAAGCGAGUUUGUCAAUACAAAAUAAAUAAAAACGAAAAAAAAUUUAAAA